UAGUGUUACCACGAAGUAUCGGCCGCGCGCGCACUCGGUGGUAGGGGAAACCGUCUAAGCGCCCGGCCGACGAAGUAGUAUAACUCGGUCCGGGGGCUCCAUUCUUCGGUGCACUCCUCGUCUAGUCGGAAGUCCAAAGGAAGUUAGCAGUAGCAGCCAGCAGCCGAAUACAUAGACACUAUUUACUCUUUGUGAACUUGAACAGCAAAUUUUAUCAACAUCAUGAGGGAAAUUGUGCACUUGCAAGCCGGACAAUGCGGAAACCAAAUCGGCGCCAAAUUCUGGCAAGUCAUAUCGGAAGAGCACGGAAUCGACUACACGGGAUUCUACAAGGGCACGUCCGAACUACAGCUGGAACGCAUUAACGUUUACUACAAUGAAGGGUCUGCCGCCAACCGUUCGGAAGGUGGAAAAUAUGUGCCACGCGCCGUCUUACUCGAUCUGGAACCCGGUACCAUGGAGUCUAUUCGGUCCGGACCUUACGGCGCGCUCUUCCGACCGGAUAACUUCGUGUUCGGUCAGUCGGGCGCCGGAAACAAUUGGGCCAAGGGCCAUUACACAGAGGGCGCCGAACUCGUAGACGCCGUGCUGGACGUGGUGCGCAAAGAGAGCGAGAAUUGCGACUGUCUGCAGGGAUUCCAAUUGGCGCACUCUCUGGGAGGUGGCACCGGUUCCGGGCUGGGCACACUGCUGAUAUCGAAGAUCCGCGAGGAGUAUCCCGACCGGAUAAUGAACACCUACUCGGUGAUGCCGUCACCGAAGGUGUCGGACACCGUGGUCGAGCCGUACAACGCCACGCUGUCCGUGCACCAACUGGUUGAGAACACCGACGAGUCGUACCUGAUCGACAACGAGGCGCUGUACGACAUAUGCUUCAGGACCCUGAAGCUGACCAACCCGACGUACGGCGACCUCAACCACCUUGUGUCGUUGACCAUGUCCGGCGUGACCACGUGCCUUCGAUUCCCCGGUCAGCUGAACGCCGACCUCCGCAAGCUGGCCGUCAACAUGGUCCCGUUCCCCCGGCUCCACUUCUUCAUGCCGGGAUUCGCGCCGCUCACGGCCCGCGGCAGCCAGUCGUACAGAGCCAUGAGCGUGCCCGAGCUCACCCAACAAAUGUUCGACGCCAAGAACAUGAUGGUCGCCUGCGACCCCCGACAUGGACGCUACCUCACCGUCGCCGCCAUAUUCAGGGGCCGCAUGUCCAUGAAGGAAGUAGACGAGCAGAUGUUGAACGUGCAAAACAAGAACUCGAGCUACUUUGUCGACUGGAUCCCAAACAACGUGAAGACGGCCGUUUGCGACAUACCGCCAUGCGGUCUCAAGAUGAGUUCCACGUUCAUCGGAAACACUACUGCCAUCCAAGAGCUGUUCAAGCGUAUUUCCGAACAGUUUUCGGCCAUGUUCAGAAGAAAGGCAUUCUUGCAUUGGUACACCGGCGAAGGUAUGGACGAGAUGGAAUUCACCGAAGCCGAAUCAAACAUGAACGAUUUGAUAUCCGAAUACCAACAGUAUCAGGAAGCAUCUGUGGACGAGGAGUACAUUGAAGAAGAAGAAACCGAGGAGACAGACAUGUGCGAUUAAACUUAUUUGUUAUUACGCUAUAAGUUUCGUCGUUCUAAUGUAAUCUUAAUUUAUGUAUUUUUUUUUUUAUAUAGAAACAUAUUAUGUAUAAUUUCUCUCAUUUAAAUUAUUAAACAUUUUGUAUUUGAUUAA